AUGCGAGGCAGAGCACAGAGCAACUGCAGCGGCUCGAGCCGCUCGAGCACUUGGACAGCAGCAGCAGCAGCAGCAGCGGCAGCGGCAGCGGGAGGAGAACAGGCGAGACACUUCAUCUUUGACAGAGACUGGUACCCGGACCUCCCGCUGGUGAUACAGGCCAACCAGCUGAUCAUCGGACGGCUGUCGCUGGGGUACCCGAUGGCGGAGCUGGUCGAGGAGUCGGCGAGGAACGAGGCGGGCUGCAGCCCGGGGACGAUGGCGGCCUACUUCCACCACGCCAUUACGUUGGAGCUGGCCUGCCUGAUGAGCAACGACACGGUGCAGAUGGCGAUUGUCAAGGGCGUCAGGGUGUGA